CAUGUUGUGUCUCCGGGGGCCCGGAGGGACGUCCGGAAGUGGACGGUAGAUGUUACCGCCCGCUCGGGAGCUCACAGGGAAGGGACCGCAGCGUGAAGACAUGAGCCGUCCGUCCUCAGCCGGACCUGGAGGUGGAGGACUCGGGGCCGGAAAAGCAGGCGGAGGAAAGCACGGGGGGUCGGGAGGCGCCGGUACUGCUGCCGCGGCAGCAGCCGUCGCCGCGGCAGCAGCAGCGGCAUCUGCCGCCGGUGUGAGCUCCGUGGCCGGGUCAGGGUCUGCUGCCCCUUCCUCCGCGGUGUCCCUUCCCACGACAGGCCUGCCAGGGCAGUCCCCGGAGCUCACGGCGCUGUUCGAGUGCCCGGUAUGCUUCGACUACGUCCUGCCGCCCAUCCUGCAGUGCCAGGCGGGUCACCUGGUCUGCAACCAGUGCCGCCAGAAGCUGAGCUGCUGCCCGACCUGCCGAGGCCCGCUCACCCCGAGCAUUCGGAACCUGGCCAUGGAGAAGGUGGCAUCCACACUGCCGUUUCCCUGCAAGUAUUCGUCGGCCGGCUGUCUGCUGUCUCUUCACCACAGCGAGAAGCCCGAUCACGAGGAGGUGUGCGAGUUCAGGCCGUACACCUGUCCGUGUCCCGGGGCUACCUGCAAGUGGCACGGCUCGCUGGAGGCCGUGAUGCCGCACCUGAUGCACGCGCACAAGUCCAUCACCACUCUGCAGGGGGAGGACAUCGUGUUCUUGGCGACGGACAUCAACCUGCCAGGUGCCGUGGACUGGGUGAUGAUGCAGUCGUGUUUCAGCCACCACUUCAUGCUGGUCCUGGAGAAGCAGGAGAAGUACGAGGGUCACCAGCAGUUCUUCGCCGUCGUGCUGCUCAUCGGCACCCGCAAGCAGGCCGAGAACUUCGCCUACCGCAUGGAGCUCAAUGGCAUCCGCCGCCGGCUCACCUGGGAGGCCACGCCGCGCUCCAUCCACGACGGGGUGGCGGCCGCCAUCAUGAACAGCGACUGCCUGGUCUUUGACACCUCCAUCGCCCAUCUGUUCGCCGACAACGGCAACCUGGGGAUCAACGUGACCAUCUCCAUGUUCUGAGGGAGCGGCGCGGCGUGGCGUGACGGGCAGUCGCGGUCAGACAGCCGCUGACCUCCGGUGUGGCUCUGUGGUCGGGGAGUCCCGUGCCGGACUCCGGACGUGGUGCAGCGCUGCAGAUGCAGCUGGCUGUGUAGCUGCAGCCGUUUACCUUUAAUUGCUGAGAGACAACUUCUCCAACAACUCCACAGCUGCAGCAGCAGCAGGUCGCCGCCUCCGCCCUGCAACACGUUGAUGAACGGCGGGACAGAGGGACUCAGAGCACCGUGCUUCCGUCCUUCUCCAGUGGACGGAGAGGAGGUCAGACCCGCUGCUUCAUCCCCCGCCCGUCCGGGCUUGGACGCCCGGGGUGGACAGAGACCGAGCUGUCCGAGCGGGAUCCUGGUCUCUGGAGGAAGUGGAUUCUUUAGCACAACAGCCCCACGAGCCUGUGUCAGGGUCUGACUUCCUGUCAGCGUGUUCACAGUAUUCUGACCUCUGCUGGGAAAAGCUGUCAGCUUCAAACAGUCGUUAGCACCAUUUUCCCACAAUGAUCUAAUACAACCGGAGACACGUGUUAAACAGCUGUACAUAUAUAUACAUAUAUAACUAUUAUUGUCAUUAUAGUUUAAUGUGCUCCGUGUUUUCUUGUUAAUUGUUUGUUUCACUGGAAAAAGUUCGAGCAGCAGUUUAAAAGCUGCACAGAUCCAGCUCACAGAGACAUAACAGAUAAAUCAAAGCUCUGUAUGUGAGAGGCUGAAAAUGUUUUUGGUAUUUUUGCAUUAAAAUGACAGUGAACAGAAAAAUAAAAUAAUAAACAGAAUCUGAGAUCUGACUCUUAACGUGUCGCUGACCAGCAGAAUAAUGUGAACACAGCUGUUCAGCCACUCUGUGCUUUAAUGGUCUGAGGCUGCUGGUUCAGAUCCCUGACGUGGUCCAUCAGACCCAGGCGCUGACCCGACAGCUCGGUCCAGCUCGUCGUCUCGUGUUUCGGAGGUUAGUGUUUGGCCUCUGUGGGAACGAGCUGAGCUGUGGAGUUAAUCCUCAGACCUUCUUUAAUCUCAGAUAAAAGCAGUAAAAUGGAGGAACAAUCCUCCCACCCCUCCUCCUGCAGUGUGUUCAGCCACCAGCGCCUUACUUUUCUACCACCUCCUGUUCCCCCUGUUCCUCCUGCUCCUCUUGCUCCUCCUGCUCCUGAUGUUCCUCCUGUUCCUCCUGCUCCUCCUGCUCCUGCUGUUCCUCCUGUUCCUCCUGCUCCUCCUGCUC